AGAGAAUUGAUAAAACGACUUAAAAGUUUAUAAACUGUAUAAGCAAUCUAUAGCUUAUAAUGAAUAAUCACAAUGUCCAUAUUUUCAUAUUAUUUAAGGCAAAUAAGUACAUUUUAGCGCCAUCUUGGAAUCAUUUUGAGCGUUUUUAAAUGUAGUCAUUGUGCAACGCAUGAAGUGGUGCAACGGAUUAAAGUUUAAAAGCAAGAUAACCACGCUUUUUACUUGCCGCUAAAUUCGCACUGGUGCAUAAAUAAAGUGAAAACGAUUCCAUAUUAAUAAUACAGUCAUGACUUCUUUUCAUAAACUCUGUGUAAUAUGUACCAGGAGGCGGGGUAGUAAAAGAUAUCCCCUCAACAAAGUCUUGCCUGAAAGUAACCCGCCAAUAAAUUUGUUUGAGGCCCUCAAAUUGUUAUCAAAUUUUGCUCACUUGAACCAGGAUGAGUGUCCUUUAUCAGCUUGUAGUACUUGCUUUGUAAAAGCUGAUCGAGCAUAUAGCCUUCAAAUAUUGUGUAAUAAGUCUGUUGAGUUCAUUAGAAACUAUAUUCCACAUGUGGAUGAAAGCAAACACAUAAUCUCUAAGUUUCCUCUUUCUGAAAACAAUCAUCAGGAGGAUAAAAGUAACAAUUAUUCAGGCCAUAAUGUGAAAAUUGAAGAUUUGAGUGUUCCUGCCCAAUUAGCAAAUGUGAAGAUUGAAAUUUUAUCAUCUGAUGAUGAAAAUAAGGUUUUUAAUGAUAAAGAUUCAAAUGAUGUUGGUUUUGCAGCUAUUAAACAGGAAUCCAACAUGGAGAUUUCCGCAAAUGAACCAGAAGAAACAAUAUUGCAUAAAGGCAAAAUAUAUGUGAUAUGUAUUUUUUGUAAUAGAAGUAUUCAUCAUAAUGCUUACAUGUUGCAUAAAGAAUCCCAUACAGGAAAAAAACCCUAUCAAUGCAAAACAUGUGGCAAAAAAUGCAGCACUCUUGAGAAGCGUAAUGCACAUAUGACCAAGAAACAUAAAGGCCAAAGGUUUGUAUUUAAAUCUCGUCUAAAACGUCAUACACAGUCACACAAGGCAAAGCUUCCAUGCCCUAUUUGUGGCAAGUUAUUCAUCAAAAAAUUCCAAGUAAAACAACAUUGUGCAUCACAUUUUGCCAACAAUCAAAUACCGAAUGAUGUAAAUGAAUGCCUAAAGCGACUUCGAGUACAAACAGAUCUGAAACAACACCAAAAUGGAGUCAAUGGAGUCCAAAUAGAGCCGAUUGGGAGUAACUACAACUUUUAAAAUAGAUUAAGUUUGAUAUCUGUUAAGUUAAGACACAAUUUAUUUAAUAAUUCAUGUAGAAUAAGAAGUUUCAAGAUAAAAAGAAGGUGAACAAUCUCAAA